ACGUUUUUUCAAAUUUCUCUCACUUAAUUUGCUUUUUCUGUUUCUGCUUCUGCAAAUAUCAUUAUCAUCUGUAUAUUUAUAAUCUCUGAAACAUGAUGAAGAAGAAGAAGCUGUAAGCCAUUAUUAAGUAAUUUUUCAAUUCACAGUACCUGCUGCUGUUUAGUCUAGUUUCAGAAUCAUCUCCUUUUUUCAAGAAUAACAAGCAAAGAAUCUUAACCAUCAAUGGAAGCUGUUUACUUUAACGAGGAGGGAGGUGGUCCAGACUCAGGCCGUACUUCAACAACCACUGAAAUGAUGAAGAAGUACUACACCAAGAGAACGAGGAUGAGAAUUGACCAAGAGCAGGAAAAGUGUCACGGGAACAGUCAAGACUAUCCUGCUCCUGACAAAGAAAUGAGACAUGAAGCAUCAGAGUUAAUGCCAAAGCCUGCUACUGCUAACCGCAACAGCUUACUAUUUCCAUGCACCAACAAAAAUGACUCCUACCCUUUCGACUACAAUUAUGGUGGAGGUGGAGGAUUGGAGUCUGUCCCACAAGACGAAGAAGAUGCAAACUUUACCACUGACCAAGUAGUUCAAGUGGGUGAAAUUAUGGAGAUGGAUCAAGAUCGGAGUAUCUUUAGGACUAAUAUUACCACUGAUCAUCGUAGUCUAGAGAGAAGAAGAAAUCUGAGAAGUAGAAAUGUUGUUCGAAGCUCCAGGAAGCUGACAGUGCUGCUGAUGAAAAAUAGAAACACCAGCAUCAACUCCAAAGCACCAAAGAAGGAGAUUAAACCUCAGCGUGGCAGGGGUUUACAUAAUCAGAAGAGAGAAAAGGAGGAGGAUACUAGUGAUGAUGAACAGCAUAAACUUACUCGUUCUGCACCUUGGAGCUCUGCUGCUGCUUCCGGAUUGAAGAUUAAGAUUAAGAAGAAGAAGAGAAGGAUCAAGAAUAGGAUACAGAGCAAUAAGAAUAACCAGAUUGUGAUCAAUAACAAUAGAAAAUUGGUGUCUGUUACUUCAUAUGGGUAUACCCGCAAGCAACAGCAGAAAAAGAUGAGUGGGGAUAGUUCAGAAUUAGUCGUAGUACCAGUGAAUAAUAAUCUGAGUCCUGUUGAUAGUAGUCCUAUGGGUGAGGCAGAUGAUAGUACUCAACAUCAAUCAGUAGUACCUCAACUGCAAGCUAGCAUUUCUCCCAUCACCACAAUCACUACUACAACUCCAGCUGUUGACCAGCCGCAUCAACCACAACUUCAAAAUUCUCACCCAUUCGAGGAAGAUUAUAACAAUUUGAUGAAGAGAGAAGCACAGCUGGAGCAACAGCAAUCAGAAAAUGCAGAUUUGGUUAACAUCAGGAGAGAAGCCGAAGUCAAGGAUCCUUAUUGGGCACCACCACCUGGAUGGAUGCCUGGAGAUAAUCCUUCCCAAGAUCCGCUCUGUGCUAAAGACAUAAAUUUCCCAAAACAAAAAAUGUCCACCCUCGAAAGAAAUGCGGAGGAAAUCAUAUACACCCACAAACAACUAAAGAUGAAGAUGAAGAUGAAGAUAGCAAAGAUGAAGAUGAUGAGGAGGAAAUCGUAUCACGAGGGCACAUUUUACAUGGGAUUCCAGGUCAAGGGUUCAUUCGUCAUGGGUAGUGACACAAGGUCUGUGUCCACCGAAGAGAAAAUCACCUCAACCAGUACAAAUCCCGAAACAGGAGUGACAGAAGAGGAAGUUUCGGAUAAAACAGAUGUCAUUGGAAAUUCUAUUGUUUCCCAUUGUGGGACACGCCGAUUCAAUAGGAAGGUCAAGGCACUUGUAAAAGCAAAGUUAGAGAAGGAGAAAAGAGAGGACAAAGAAGUAGCACGUUCAAUUGACGACAUGGCCAAUUUGCUUAAAAGUGCGAUGACAAAAGUAAUGAAUUCCUGGCCAAGGGAAGAAGAAAAAGUAACAAUCAAAUCAACUAUGCUAAUCGCAAUGUAUGAUGGUGAAAAUACUCGUUUGAAAACGGUAAGAUUGCGCAAAGAGAUUCCUGAAAACUCUCCUAAAUUUAUCUGGGGUGGGAGUGUUAGUACGGGGACCAGUAAAAAGUUACUGAUGUAUGUAAAAAGAAGAUUAAAAAAAUUGAACCAGGAUCUUACCUUGGAGGAAGCUUUCAAGAUAGUAAGGAAAUGUAUCCAUAUAGCAGCAAUAGCUUCAAAUCGGGAAAAGAAGUCGGGUCAGGAUGCGACUAUCGGUGGGAGAUACAGAAUUUACACAUUCCGUGAAGAAGCAAAAGAUUUGCCAAAAGAGUAUGAGAUUAUGACUAGAGAUUCUAUUAUGGGAAAGACGGUACUUCUGUAUGAUUGUGGAAAGAUGGAAUACAAGGAGGAUUCGUCUAGCGACUAA